CCUCAAUAAGCACAGGAGUAGACACGGAGGUUAUCGAAAUAGACGGAAUGCAGUAAUGCUAGCGACAGCGCCUGAGUACAGCACCAUGCUGAGGCCAGAUUUUGGAGUCCACUACCAGGAUCACAAGCAUGCCGAGAUCCAUAGAAUGGCGGCGAUGGGAAACCUGCCAACAUUGUGCGACGCUCCCCAGGAGCAGGGGGAAUUGUUCCGAAACUCGCUGCUACAACUCGAGGACGCUGCAAGCAGUUAAGGACCACAGAUGAAUACCUCGUUUAACUCUAUUUGGCAGAAGUGCUUAUUUGAAGAAACUGUAAUUGAGUGAAACACCGGAUCAGUCAAUAACUUACUACAUUAAUGCUAAGUUUAUCUCUAAUCUUUGAGUUGCGACACAACCUGCGCUAGGGCCACCGUGACGGCGCUGUUGGAGCAGUUGCAUGAAGGAGUCCCCGGUA